CAGUGGGUUGUAUGUGGUACAGUGGUACAUGCCCAACCGUCAUGGAACUGGAGUAUGGACUGUGGAAUGUUGACUGUAAAAUAGUUUUAUCAUAAACCGGGACAGUAGAUCCUUCUUUAUUUCAAGGGAAUUGGGGGAGAGUGAAACUUAACUAUUUCAAUCUCAAAGCUUGUCCUAAAACGUUUUCAAUUUUAUCUAGUGUAAAUUUUAAAACAUGAAAGGAAAGAAAUAUAUUUACGCUCACAAGUUUGAAGGACUUCCCAAACUGACUGAUUUGGAACUUGUCGAAGAAGAAUUACCUCCUCUCAAAGAUGGAGAUGUUUUGGUGAAAGUUCAAUGUCUUAGCCUGGAUCCUUACAUGAGGCCUUAUGCUGUUGAGAAUUUAAAAGAAGGCGAUGUAAUGAUGAAUUUCUUUGUUGCUGGACACGUGAUUGACAGCAAACAUGAAUCCUUUUCAAAUGGCACUCUUGUGUGUGGGCCUUUUGGUUGGACAACUCAUGCAGUCAUACAAGGAAAGAAUCUUACAAAAAUGGAUUAUCUUCAAGAUCUUUCUGCAUCUGCUGGCCUUGGAGCAGCAGGGAUGCCUGGUUUAACAGCCUAUUUUGGAGUUUUGAAUGUCCUCGAACCAAAAGAAGGUGAAACACUUUAUGUUAACAGUGCAGCUGGAGCAGUUGGUUCAAUUGUUGGUCAAAUUGCAAAAAUUAAAGGAUGUCGUGUUAUUGGUAGUGCUGGUUCAGAUGAAAAAGUUGCUUUUCUUAAAAGUCUAGGUUUUGAUGAAGCAUUUAAUUACAAGACUGUAACAUCAGUUGAAGAUGAACUUAAGAAACUUUGUCCUGAUGGAAUUGAUAUGUUUUUUGAAAAUGUUGGUGGCCCAGAAUUCUCCAAGGUGAUAAAGCUGUUGAGAAUGGAUGGUAGAGCAGCAGUUUGUGGAGCUAUUUCACAAUACAACUCUACAGAACCUGUUUUUAUUGAAGAGUUUAUGAUGCCUCUUAUUAAGAAUCGCAUAAAAAUUCAAGGUCUGCACGUCCACAAAUAUUUUGAGGAAUGGCCUUCAGGAAGAAUUGAACUUGUUAAAUGGAUAAAGGAGGGUAAAAUCAAGAUAAAAGAACAUGUUACGAAAGGAUUUGAAAAUCUUCCAAAAGCAUUUAUUGAGUUGUUUACAGGCGGAAACUUUGGGAAAGCUGUUGUUAUGGUUUAGAAUAUAUACUGCAUAUGGAAUUGAUGUCUACAAUAAUUUAAUGAUUUUUUAGAAUUGGUAACAAUGAAUUAAAUAGAAACCGAUGGUUUAAAUAAAUAGGAUAUUUUUUUGCAUGAA